GACUCGGGCUGGCAGAACCCGCGCCAUGAAGUGCGUGUUCGUUACUGUAGGGACCACCAGCUUUGACGACCUCAUUGCGUGUGUGUCGGUGCACGACAGUCUGCAAAUAAUCAAGAGCCUUGGUUACGACCGACUUACCCUCCAAAUUGGUAGAGGAACAGUGGCACCUGAACCAUUCAGCACCGAGUCCUUUACUCUGGAUGUUUACAGGCACAAGGAUUCCUUGAAAGAAGACCUUCAGAAUGCAGAUCUUGUUAUUAGUCACGCAGGUCCUGGAAGCUGUUUAGAGACUCUGGAGAGAGGAAAGCCACUCGUGGUGGUUAUAAAUGAAAAGUUGAUGAAUAAUCAUCAGCUGGAAUUGGCAAAACAGCUACACAAAGAGGGACAUCUCUUCUACUGUACCUGCAAGCUUUCUGGGCUGUUACAGUCAAUGGAUUUAUCAACACUGAAAUGUUAUCCUCCUGGCCAGCCAGAAAAAUUUUCUGCAUUUUUCGAUAAAGUUGUUGGAUUACAAAAAUAAACACUAAACUCUCAGCACUUUUAAAAUAUCCCCUAAAUCCAGCCUAUGAAAUGUGAUUAAAUCAAAUUAAAUAUAUCUGUAGACUAAUAUAAACUAAUAAACUUCCUACAUAUAUAGAAUAUAUAGAAAAUUUAUGAUACAACCAUUUGCAUUUGGGUCUAAAUUCUAAUUUGGUAGUUAAGUAAAUU